AUGAUUUUAGAUGAUGAAUCAAAUUAAUAAUAAAGGUAUGUUGGAAUAAAACAAAUUCAUGUUUCUAGAUUGAAUGUCCCUAAAAUUGUCAAGAAUGUGAAUACUAUGAUACAAAAGUUGGUAUAACCUUAUAUUGAUUAUAAUAGAAUAUCUUGGAUACAUUUAGUUUUGGAUAAAAUACCAAUUUAAAAUUGAAUUAGAAUUUUGAAUAAUAAAUACAUCAAAGAGAUCUUCUUAAAUCAUAUAGAAUUUCAAAGUAUUAAAAAAUCAAAUACAAUUAGGCUUUUUAACAAUUUGAAAUGAUAUUUAUCAAUGAUACUGAGCAAAUUAUUUUUUAGAAUCUAUAUAUUUAAAUCUAUAAUAUAUCAGAAUCUCAAUGUGAGUAUUCUAGAUUUAAUAAAACGAACUUAAUUUUUGGAGGUAAAUGGAAAAGAUAAGAAUUUACUAAAAUACUCAUACUUGAAUCUCAUUAUGCGUUAACCUAUACAUUUACAGUUAGUAUUAUUGAUUUGUCAGAAAAAGAUAAAUAAACAGGAUUUUUUUAUUAAUUUGAUUGAGGAGAAUACAAUUUUAUCAAUCCUAAAGAUUUAAUCUAAAUUGAUGGGGAUGCUAAUAAGCCUGAUUCGAUAGUUUAAUAUUGCAAAUAUUUCAAAAAUACAAAUAACGAUAUUAUAAUAGCUAUUGGCUGUAAUACAAAUGGUUAUUGUUUUUUGAUGAUUAUUAUUUAAUUAUCCAUAAAUGCACAUCAUAUUGCAAACUAUGUAAUGGACCAACAAAAUCUUAAUGUCUGGAGUUCACCAGAUAUUCUUAUGAAUUUGAUUAUAAAACUAAAUUAUCUAAAUCUGGCUAUUUUUGAAAGCGAUGAUAAUAUGUGCCAAAAAUGA